AUGGCAAAGCAUAAUCGCUCCUCAAGCGCACCAGCAUGCACACUUGCUCGACAAGAUUCUACACGCACCCUUGUGAACAAUGAUAGCGACAGCGAUUCCGAUAGCACCAUUGUCAGCAUAUCGCUUAGCCGAUCAAACUCUAAAGAGCAGCAGCACAAGAAGCGUCUGACAGAUUGGCAAGGUGUCACAGCGGUGAACUUCAUAGGCGAUGAAUCAGAUCUGGAAAAGGCUUCUUUGAAACAACGAUCCAGAGAGCCUUACUCUAUAUUUUCACCAGCCAAGAUCCGAUGGAUUGUUCUCUUAGCUUCCGUAGCAGCCUUCUUUGCACCCUUCUCAGUCAACAGCUACUUCCCUGCAAUGGAUGCCGUUGAACAGGAUCUAGGUAUUUCAUCUCAACAAUUCAAUCUUACGGUCACAGUUUUCAUGAUCUUUCAAGCUGUGUCACCCUCUUUCUGGAGCUCAAUGGCUGAUACACGAGGACGACGUCCUGUUUACCUUGCCACGUUACUUGUAUAUGUCCUUGCAUGUAUUGGUUUGGCCAUGGUUACCAAUUACCCUAUGCUUCUUGCAUUCCGCAUGUUGCAAGCAUUUGGUGCAAGCUCAGUGAUUGCCAUUGGUGCUGGUACAAUUGCUGACGUUACACAUCCCUCCCAGCGAGGUGGUUACAUUGGCUGGUACUCUUUAGGUUGGAACUGUGGACCAGUGGUUGGACCUGCUGUCGGAGGUGUCGUAUCGCAAUACUUGGGUUGGCGAUGGAUCUUUUGGAUUCUAGCCAUUCUUGGUGGUGUCCAUUGGCUCAUCCUUGGAUGGUGUUUACCUGAAACCUUACGUUCUUUGGUUGGCAAUGGCUCUGGUUAUGCAAAUCCUACACCUACUCAAUGGUGGCACUAUCGCCGUCUUAGUGAUGAUGAAAAGCAACAGCUGCGUCAAAAACGUCAAUCCACUUCAACCAAAAAGAAGUCUAGCAGCUGGCUUGGUCCUUUCCAAUCCUUGCUUUUUGCCAAAGAAAAGGAUGUCCUCAUCUUACUCGUCUACUACAGCGUUCAAUAUGCAGCUGUGUAUGCCGUAACCACGAGCUUGCCUCUUUUAUUUGGUCAACUUUAUCAUCUCAACGAGCUACAACUUGGCCUUGCUUACUUUCCAAAUGGCAUUGGUUGCAUUCUUGGCUCUGUUGUACAAGGCAAGCUACUCAACCGUGAUUAUGAUCGUUUACGAAAGCGCUUCUCGGUCAUGUCGGCCACCGAUCUUACCAUGCCUGUUGAAAAAGCACGCUUGCGUACCGUGUGGGUGCAUUCAUUGUUAUUCAACGUGCUGCUUGUUGUCUACGGCUGGUGCAUGUACAUUCAUGCUCAUAUUGCAGUCGCUCUUGUACUUCAAUUUUUCCUCGGCUUUACGUCUCAGGCCAUCUUCAAUUGUAUUCAAACAUUACUGGUUGAUUUGUUCCCCACACGUUCAGCAUCCAUCACCGCAUCCAACAACAUCUUUCGCUGCUUAUUUGGCGCUGGCGCCACUACUGCUAUCAUCCCCCUUAUCAACGCAUGUGGUGUGGGUUGGUCCUUUACCAUCAUGUCAGGUAUCCUUUUGCUUUCUCGUGUGCCAUUGUACUUUGAAUUCAAGCAUGGCCCUCGUUGGAGACGUGAACGAGCCGAACGUGAAGAAGCAUAA